ACCUAGUUUCUACCGAAAAUAUGAAUUGCGAAAGCGAAAAUGAAUCGGGUAUAGAAAGUGACAAUGAAACAAUAAAUAAUGAUAAAAUAAAUGGAGAAUUUUAUUGCGACUCAUGUGGUAGCAGUGAAUGCUAUAAUUAUGAUCCGAAUUGGAAGCGUAACAAUGGUGAGGAGUAUGAGGAUUACUAUGAUUAUAGAUUCAUAUGGAUUCCAUAUUAUUAUACAACACGUCAUAGUAGAAGACAUCCACUUUUUAAAUAUGGAUAUGGUUUACCAAAUUUAAAUAAAAUUCGGAAUUUAUACGGGCUAAACGCCGAGAAAAUUGAAGAAACUGACGACAUGGAAGAUUUGCAACUCAUAAUCAGUUAG